ACCACCUGUGUGACAGAGUGACAUGCAACAAGCUACCUUACUAAAACAUUAAUCCUCCGCUGCCCAUGAUAUAUCCCCCCUAACACGAUUGGAUUGGGGUAUGAACUGAAAAGCUUGCUCUGUAGAUUUAAAGGUGGUUGCAUACGCUGUCAAAUGAAAUGAGAUUUAAAGCCCUUUCCACCAAGUUAGAAUUUAAACGUAUUCCCUUGUGCUGCAUGCCACUUCCUGAAAUGUGCCACUAGACACUUGGAAUGUGUCCAUAUUGGCACCCUAUUUACUGUAUAGUUCCCUACUUUUGACCAGGGCCCAUAGCGAAUACGGUAUGGUGCCAUUUUGGACGCAGCCUUUGUUUGGUGGGUGAUACUAGUCUCGUGGGGCAUCCUUCCAAAUCUCGUCUGGUACUAAUAUAACACUUGACCUGAGUACCUCUUAUGUCUGUGGGGUAAGAAAAGCACGUUUAGCUAGCUUGUGUAUUGCUACAUGAUGAUGGGCUACUUGUGUAGGCCUAUUGCGUAAAUUAACAUGGGCGUUUUCCCAGACACAGAUUAAGCCUAGUCCUGGACUAAAAAUGGAGUUUCUCCAUUGAGUGCUUUUUUGUCCAGGACUAGGUUUAAUCUGUGUCUGGGGAAGAAGUCAGAGUAAAGGUUUACAUAUAAUUCCCACCCACAAACCUUCAAUUCUCUGAUUAGAACAAUUUACAAUCGCUGUCAUAAAAAAAUAGUGUGUAUGUGUAAAUAAAAUGCUCAGUGUUGGGACAAUGGCCCAGUUCUGACGAAUAAAAACUUGGAGCUGGAACAGUGUCAUUGAGAAACCAGGAGAAAGACCCUUUAUUUUUGCUUGCACAUGCAUUGCUUGUCCUGCAUGUUUUUUGUGUGAAGCAUAGCUAUGGUACUCUUUGUCUAUGGUGGCUGUAGGAGCCCAUGUGUCCUUGUAUCUUCAUAUAACAUGUACUGAUGGACAUGGAAUAAGGUCAGCACUAGGGGAGUGGUCUGGUGUUUUAUUCCACAGUGAAUCACAAUCAGGGUUCAGCUGAAGUCCGAGAGGCGUGCUAGUCAUAUCACUUCCUUCCUACGUCCUUUCCUCAGUGCUACCCUCUUCCUUCCCUACCCCACCCUCUCUUAUAUAUGACCUGUGUGUCUAAACUGUCCAUCAAAUCCCCAUCUUAGUCGUCGUGUUUUUCCACCCUGACCACCUAUCUUAUCCCUCCUUCUUCCACGCCAGCCCCCUCUCCUUUCUGUUCUUCACCCUCUGACAUGUCUCAGGACAGCAGCGACGAAGAGGAUGAACAGGAGGAGGAUUUUUCGCAGUUUGGGUCCAGGUAGACACCGCUGCACGGCCUGUGUGUUCAGUAGACUCACCGGCAGUCUGGGUGUGUCUGCAGGGGGAAUGGACUCGCAAUCCUGCAGCGACUGCUUCUCCAUCGAGGCGUGCAUGGAGACUGAGAUGCUCAACUACCUCAUCGAGCGCUUCGACAGUGCAGGCAUGGAGGAAAGUAAGGCGCCCAAGAUUUGCAGCCACCCCGGUGUCAGCCAGCUCCUCAGCAACAUACGCUCACAGUGCAUUUCCCAUGCCGCUCUUGUCCUUCAGGGCGCCCUCACGCAGCCCAGGAGCCCCCUGCAGCAGUCCCUGCUGGUGCCCUACAUGCUGUGCCGAAACCUGCCGUAUGGCUUUAUCCAGGAGCUGGCCUGCAUGACCCACCAGGAGGAGGUCUUCAGACAGAUCUUCGUUCCAAUCCUUCAAGGGCUGGCUCUGGCUGUGAAAGAAUGUUCCUUCGACAGUGACAACUUUAAGUUCCCCCUCAUGGCUUUAGCUGAGCUCUGUGAGAUCAAGUUUGGGAAGACUCACCCCAUGUGCAAUUUGAUGACGUCUCUCUCCCUGUGGUGCCCCAAGUCUCUGGGCCCGGGGAUGGGCCGAGAGGUUCAGAGACUGUCCUUCCUGGGAGCAUUCUUCAGCCUGUCUGUCUUUGCAGAGGAUGACACCAAAGUGGGUGACAAGUACUUCUCGGGCCCAGCCAUCACCAUGGAGAACACUCGCGUGGGUAGCCAAACCCUGCAGCACUACCUGGAGUCAGCCCGGGGUGACUUGUUUAAGAUUCUCCACAACAUCCUACUAAAUGGAGAGACAAGAGAGGUAGUGCUCAACUACAUGGCAGCUCUGGUCAACCGCAAUGUGAAGAAAGCCCAGAUGCAGACAGACGACAAGCUGGUGUCCACGGACGGCUUCAUGAUUAACUUCCUGUCGGUGCUGCAACAGCUGAGCAUGAAGAUCAAGCUGGAGACGGUGGACCCGUACUACAUUUUCGACCCCCGCUGCCGCCUGCAGGUCAGCCGCGAGGAGACCCGGCUCAAGGCCACCAUGGAAGAGCUCAACACCUGGCUGGCCGAGAUACAUGACCCCUCCAAGUUCUAUGAUCCCAAGUUCCCCACAGAGUGUUUCUUUCUGACGUUGCACACCCACCACCUGUCCAUCCUACCAGGCUGCCGACGCUACAUCCGCAGGCUGAGAGCCAUUCGCGAGCUCAACAGGACGGUGGAAGAGCUGAAGAAUAGUGAGAGCCAGUGGAAGGACUCUCCCCUGGCCAGCCGACACCGAGAGAUGCUGAAGAGAUGCAAAACCCAGCUCAAGAAACUGGUGCGCUCCAAAGCCUGUGCCGAUGCGGGUCUUCUGGACGAGAACCUGUUACGCAGAUGUUUGCAGUUCUACAGUAUGGUCAUUCAGCUCAUCCUACGCAUGGUCGAUCCUGCCUACCCACACAUAACUCUACCACUGAAUCCCGAGAUCCCCAAAAGCUUUGCUGCUCUGCCAGAGUUUUACAUUGAAGAUGUGGCCGAGUUCCUGCUUUUUGUUGUGCAGUAUUCCCCUCAGGUUCUGUACGAGCCCUGCGUCCAGAACAUUGUCACCUUCCUGGUGGUGUUCAUCUGCAGUCAGAACUACAUCCGGAACCCCUACCUGAUCGCCAAGCUGGUGGAGGUUCUGUUUGUCACCAACCCUGCUGUGCAGCCGCGCACCCAGCGCAUCUCUGAGAUGAUGGAGAACCACCCACUGUCCGUCAAACAUUUGGUCCCGGCCCUCAUGAAGUUCUACACUGACGUGGAGCACACCGGUGCCACCAGCGAGUUCUAUGACAAGUUUACCAUCCGCUACCACAUCAGCACCAUCUUCAAGAGCCUCUGGCAGAACAUGGGCCACCAUGGCACUUUCCUGGAAGAGUUCAACUCCGGGAAACAGUUUGUGCGUUACAUCAACAUGCUGAUCAACGACACCACCUUCCUGCUGGACGAGAGCCUGGAGUCCCUGAAGCGCAUCCACGAGGUCCAGGAGGAGGUUAAAAACAAGGAGCAGUGGGAUCAGCUUCCCAGGGAGCAGCAGCAGAGCCGCCAGUCCCAGUUGACCCAGGAUGAGCGGGUGUCACGCUCUUACCUGGCCCUGGCUACAGAGACGGUCGACAUGUUCCACAUCCUCACCAAGCAGGUCCAGAAGCCCUUCCUCCGGCCCGAGUUGGGGCCUCGUCUGGCGGCCAUGCUAAACUUUAACCUACAGCAGCUAUGCGGGCCCAAGUGCCGGGACCUGAAGGUGGAGAACCCAGAGAAGUAUGGUUUUGAGCCCAAGAAGCUCCUAGACCAGCUUACUGACAUUUACCUGCAACUUGACUGUGCCCGCUUCGCCAAGGCCAUCGCCGACGACCAGCGGUCAUACAGCCGAGAGCUCUUUGAGGAAGUGAUUUCCAAGAUGAAGAAAGCCGGCAUCAAGUCCACCAUCACCAUUGAAAAAUUCAAGCUGCUAUCGGAGAAGGUGGAGGAGAUAGUCGCCAGGAACUCGCAGUCCGAAAUGGACUACAGUGACGCACCUGACGAGUUUAAAGACCCUCUGAUGGACACAUUAAUGACUGACCCUGUGAUACUGCCCUCUGGGAACAUCAUGGACCGAGCCAUCAUCCUCCGCCACCUUCUCAACUCCCCGACUGACCCCUUUAACAGACAGCCUCUCAACGAAAGCAUGCUGGAGUCACUCCCUGAACUGAAGGAGAGGAUCCAGGCAUGGAUGAGAGAGAAGCAAGGCCAGGGACGUUUCCUCUAGUAACACCCCCAACUCCGGGGGUAAAGGAUGUUAUCACCACGACUGAAUUCAAUACCAUCAAGAACAAAUUGAAAAAAAGAAACCUGUGAUUUUUCUCCUUUUAGAUGACGAUCUGAGAAAAUAAGGAUAAAGGCCCUUGGCUCUAAAAAUGAAACAUAAUAAAAUUUCGACUUUUAAAAAAUU